AUGGAACAGCCGUACAGCGAAGAGGCAGCCCCACAUGCCAUACCUAAAACUUUCAAAAUACCACCAUACCUGAAAAUAUGCGACGGCACAGCAGACCCUGAAGACCAUAUCAUCCAUUACGUUACAGCAAUAAAAGGAAACGACCUCUCGAAAGAGCAGGUACCGUCGGUUUUGCUAAAGAAGUUCGGCGAAACCCUAACAGGGGGAGCCUUAACAUGGUAUUCACAAUUACUAGCACGUUCCAUAAUGACAUUCGAAGAAAUAGCCGACAAGUUCGUCACCGCCCAUGCCGGGGCCAUGAAAGCAGAAGCGAGAGUGAAUGACAUAUUCGCCGUCAAACAAUCACCCGGCGAAGGGCUCGGGGACUUCCUCGCCCGAUUCAACAGAGUGAGAAUGAGCCUGCCGAAUGUAUCAGAAGGGAUGGCGGUAGAGGCCUUUCAAAAUGGGUUAAACAAGAACGGGUCAAGGGCGACCAGAAAGUUAUUAAGCAGACUUAUGAAGUACCCUGCCACCACCUGGAAAGAAAUCCACAACGCUUACUGUGCCCAGGUCAGGGCAGAUGAAGACGACCUCAACGGUGCGACCCAAUGGCUGACAACAGUCCAAAUGGAAUCAAGGAAAGAUCGUCGGAUUGACAGACGAAGAGAUCACGCAGGCCCACGCCUCAAUCGGGAAAGGCACCAACCGUACAACAGAGUGGCCAUCCCGCUAUCUCCCCGCCAAGCUGAAGGGGCAUCCCGGCCACAAACGGGAACCUACCUAAACGAAAGAGGUAUGCCUCCACUAUUAUCUGCUUACAAUUUUUGUGUCUCCUUCAAAAAUAGUUUACGCCUUGGAGAAGCUCGGUCCAAAGGUUAUAGCCACAAAAGAUGA